GUUUAAUCCUACAUCAACUAUGCAUUGCACAACAAAUUUUGGAUAACUUCGAACGAAGGCAGAUGCCCGUGCUAUCAUUUUGAGAACAUGUAUACUUGUGAGCCAAGCCGAGCUGAGUCAGUCGCAUGUCUGGGGAUCGAGGAAGUCGACAAUGGCUGAAAUUAUUAUAUUUACCUGAAGACACGCAUACGAGGAUCUCUAAUGAACUCCAUCUGAAGGCCAGAUCUUAUUGAUUUUUCUUUUAAAGCAUACACAUGUUAGGUGAACUGUGAAGUGAUAUUCUUUUAACAAUUGAACCACCCGACGAUCGGAUAUGGAAAUAAGAAGGGAAGAGGAGGCGAUCGGUGCCCCGUCGGCCCCAAGCUCGCAUCGACCCCUCCUAAAUUAUUAUUCUUCGGCGCCUCCAUGGCCAUCCACCCACUUCGCCUCUGGUGGCAAAGGCGAGGCGGUGGCGGCGGCGGCCAAGAGCGUGCGAUCAUCGCGCUGGGCCUCACCGUCCUCCUCCUCGCCGUCGCCUCCUGGCUCCGCGAAAGACCCAUCGCCGGCGGACUUCGACCGCCCGCCGGCUCCUCCGAUCCCGCUCUCGUCCAUCUUACCCUCGUGCGCGACGCCCAGAAAAAGGGCGCCGUGUGUUUAGAUGGAAGUCCUCCCGGGUAUCACUUCCAGAGGGGUUUCGGGUCCGGCAAGGACAGUUGGCUUCUCCACUUAGAGGGUGGAGGCUGGUGCAACAGUGUGGCAUCAUGCGCGUCACGCAAGAUGACAGCAUUAGGCUCAUCAAUUUACAUGCAACACCAGGUUCCUUUUGAUGGCAUUUUAAGCAACGUUCCAUCACAAAAUCCUGAUUUCUAUAACUGGAACAAAGUUAAGAUACGAUACUGUGAUGGUGCGUCAUACUCUGGGGAUGUAGAAAGUGGCAUUCAGAAUGGAACAAAGCUAUUCUUUAGAGGUCAGCGUAUCUGGGAAGUAAUAAUGGAUGAACUCUUGUUGAAAGGGCUGGCAAAUGCUAAACAGGCUUUUUUAACAGGAUGCUCUGCUGGUGGUCUGGCUACUUUCAUACAUUGUGAAGAUUUUCGUGCACUUUUGCCUAAGGAGGUCAUUGUUAAAUGUCUUGCAGAUGCUGGCUUUUUCCUUGAUGAGAUGGAUAUUUCUCAGAGAAGGUUCAUCCGAUCUUUCUAUGAUGAUGUUAUCCGCCUUCAGAAUGUAGGAAAAAAUUUUCAGGAUUGCACCUCAAGGAUGGAACCAUCUCAGUGUUUCUUUGCACAUGAGAUUAUUAAGAACAUAGACACCCCAUUCUUUAUUCUCAACCCAGCAUAUGAUAUUUGGCAGAUACAACAUAUAUUGGCUCCAGAAUCAUCUGAUACUCGGCAAUCAUGGCAAAGGUGCAAGCUGAACAUUCACAAUUGUGAUUCCAACCAGAUUGAAUCCCUCCAAGGAUUCAGGGUUGCCUUGCUUAAUGCCUUGAGUGAUUUUCAGCACAACAGGAACGGGGGGAUGUUUAUAAAUUCUUGCUUCAUACACUGUCAGACAAUGAGCAAUAUCACAUGGCACUCUCCAAAUUCUCCAAAAGUAAAUAAUAAGGAGCAGACAAUUGCAGAGGCAGUUGGAGACUGGUAUUUUAAUAGAAGCAAAGUGAAAGAAAUUGAUUGCCCAUAUCCAUGCAAUCCUACAUGUAUUAAUUUGGAUCUUGCUCAACCUUGGCCUGGCCCUAUGUAGGAUACUUGCAGAAUGAGGAUCCUUAAAGCUGAUCUCAAAUAGUUCGGAAAGGCUGAAUGGUAUUGGUUAUGCUUUGAUACUCAACCUUAUAAAGAUUUAAGGCUGAGGAGCCACACCAGAUAAUCUUGCCUAGAUGUCUUCCUCCAGUUUCUUGUUACGGUUAUUUUGUUUCAGUGAUUUAGCAUGGCAAGGGAUGAUGAUAAAUGCCUUCAAAGUGCUUUCCUCCUGUAUAUGUUUAUGUGGCUGAUAGCCAUCUCAUUGUUCAUGAUGUCAGCUGCUGUGUAUGUUUCUAAUAUAAAUGUGAGAAUUGUGUUUCUUGACAUCACAUUUGAUGACUUCUUGAGGAAAAAUUUGGUGUGUAUGAUGGAACGUGUAUGUGUAUAUCAUGGAUAUCACAUCAGUUUGGAGUUCCCUGGAUGCUAGUUAAGUCAA